AAAAAUUAUUUAAAAAAGGAAAACAAAAAACACAGUUGGCCUCUGGCGGUGGCCUGUUCGGAGUCCCCAAUAGCUGCUUAAAAAGCUUCUGUUAUUUAGGGUUUUUCAUUCCAUUCGCUUCGGACCAAGAGAGAGUAAGAGAGCUCCGAACCGAUCAGAAAUGGCGGCUUCUUCUCUGCUCAGAUCUACUGUCUCAGCUCCGUUGGUCGAAGCCUCCCGCGCCGACCUCGCCGCCUCCGCCUCUUUCAAGGUGUCGAGCGUUGGGUUUAGUCGCAAUCUGAACUGUCCCAAGGUGCAAUCAUCCAUAUUUGGCACUUCCAUCCCAAGCGGCUCAUAUUCUUUACAGAUAUGCAGCGCCAGGAGCGUCCAACCCAUCAAGGCCACAGCCACCGAACCGCCACCAACAGUUCAGAGAUCCGGGAGUGGUGGGAAGACAAAGAUCGGAAUCAACGGUUUCGGUAGAAUUGGAAGGUUGGUUCUAAGAAUUGCAACCACUAGAGAUGAUAUAGAAGUUGUAGCAGUCAAUGAUCCUCUAGUAGAUCCCAAGUACAUGGCUUACAUGUUUAAGUUUGACUCUACGCAUGGAAUAUUCAAUGGAUCAAUUAGUGUUGUGGAUGAUUCCACCUUGGAAAUAAAUGGCAAGGCAAUCAAAGUUGUGAGCAAAAGAGAUCCUGCUGAGAUCCCUUGGGGUGAUUAUGGGGUUGAAUAUGUUGUCGAAUCUUCUGGGAUUUUUACAACACUUGAGAAGGCUGCAUUUCAUAAAAAGGGUGGUGCAAAGAAAGUGGUAAUAUCCGCCCCAUCAGCCGAUGCACCCAUGUUUGUCGUUGGAGUAAAUGAGAAUACAUACAAGCCAAAUAUGGACAUUGUUUCUAAUGCGAGCUGUACCACCAACUGCCUUGCUCCUCUUGCCAAGGUGAUUCAUGAGGAAUUUGGUAUUCUUGAAGGUUUGAUGACAACUGUGCAUGCAACUACAGCAACACAGAAGACAGUCGAUGGCCCGUCAAAGAAGGACUGGAGAGGAGGCCGAGGAGCUGGACAGAACAUCAUCCCCAGUUCUACUGGUGCUGCAAAGGCAGUUGGAAAAGUUCUACCAGAACUCAAUGGAAAGCUCACUGGUAUGGCCUUUCGUGUCCCCACUCCUAAUGUAUCUGUCGUGGACCUAACUUGUCGACUUGAGAAGAGUUCUUCGUAUGAGGAUGUCAAAGCUGCGAUCAGGUAUGCCGCUGAUGGGCCACUUAGAGGCAUCCUCGGAUACACAGAAGAUGAUGUCGUCUCCAAUGAUUUUGUUGGUGACUCAAGGUCCAGUAUAUUCGAUGCCAAGGCUGGAUUAGCACUUAGUUCCUCCUUUGUUAAGCUUGUUUCGUGGUACGACAACGAGUGGGGAUACAGCAACCGAGUUUUGGACCUCAUAGAGCACAUGGCGUUGGUGGCAGCAUAAGUCUCGGUUGCCGAGUGUCAUUCCAAUUUUUAGCGCUUUGAUGCUUGCUACGCGUUUGGUUGAAGAGUAGUUAUACACUUGAUCUCGUUUUUAUUGAAGUGGAGAUUUAGGCGGACAUAGCAUAAUUCUACUCGAAAAUAAUGGAAAAUUUGACUUGCAUGAGCUUGCAGGUUGUGGGCUAAAUACAUCAUCUAUUUGUACCGUAUUAUAAUAUACCGCUCCCUUUGUGAGUUUGUGUCGAAGAAAUUCUUGAAGUGAAUGACAUUCGAACAUAAAUAAUUCGAACAAGGUUUUGCUUUCUUUUGAUUUAGUGUUUAAUUAAAUAACUUUAGGCCUCUUCAACCA